AUGGAGAAAGAAGAUGACGGAUUCAGGAAUAUUGCAUGGCAGCAAUUAUGCUCAGCGAUCCCGGAUCACGCCAAUGGAUUGCCCAUCCGCUUUGGAGAAACCAGGAUGGAUCUGACGAGUACGAUACGGCAAGCUGAGGAGCGGCUCUCCUGUCGUAUCCCAAAGGCCUACGCGGAAAUCACAGGGCGUGCGUUGAGUGCUGACGCAUGGGUGGACUCUCUCUUCCAUACCUUACUUCGUGCCACCUUCAAGAACGCUGGAGACAUUUUCGAUCUAAGGCGAGGAUCUUUGGCCAUCCUUGCCUUACGCUUGGGCGCCAAUCUGAUGGCCCUUGUUUCGACUGUGCUCGGUGCUGUGCUCGGUGAUGGAGGAGGCGACGGAGUGCAGGAGCGCAACAUGCAGCAUGUGUAUGCACUGGGGAGCUAUCAUGCCACACUGGAGAAGACGUCCACCAAGCGAUGCAAGAAGGUUGAGCGCGGGCGCACACGGAAAAGAGAAGUUAGCUUGCUUCUGGGAAGUUUGACGUAG